UACUUCAAGGGCAUCGUAACGAAUUCCUGAGGCAGAGAGGGAAGAAGCGUCGCUGGACUGCUUGCUGAGAGCCUCGAGCCCUCGAAGAAGGGCGGAGCCGCGGAAGCACUGCCGGCCGUAAAGAUGGCGAGUUUUUCGUGGACUGAGGAAGACGUGCUACGGUGCUGCGGAAGCAAGAGGUUCUCCAAGGAGCUAGCCUCCGCCUCCCCUUUCCGAGAUCUCCACCACGCCAUCCAGUCCGCACGCGAAAUCUGGUUCAACAAGAUCGACGUGGCCGGAUGGUUUGAGGCCUUCGCGGCUCGCCAGGCGAUUGGGGCCACCUCUCCUUCCGUCUCCGAGUGGUGCAAGGAAGAGCAAUCCGCUGGGAUGGUUACUGCCACCGGCACCACAUUACGGGAAUUGGAAGAGUGGAAUAUUCGCUACAAAGAUAAGUUUGGGUUUGUGUUUCUCAUAUGCGCCUCUGGAAGGAGCACACCGGAGACCCUUGCUGAAUUAAAGAAACGCUACUUGAAUAGGCCCCUUGUUGAACUCGAAAUAGCAGCCAAGGAGGAGAUGAAAAUAAUUGAACUGUGUCUUGCGAGGCUUUUGGAAUCCGAUGCCAGGUCUAACAAUUCAGUGAUCAACCUUCGUGUCAGUUCUUCAACUACAGUGGGAGAUCGUUUAGGAAUCAUCGGAGCACAUCUCGUGGCUAGUCCUCAAGCAUCUUCCAGCAAACUCCCUGCAAUUUCAGGUAGCAGCUCUCGCCCUCGCCCACCAAUCACAACCCACAUCUUGGACGUCGCCCGCGGCACUCCAGCUUCCGGCAUGGAUGUUCACUUGGAGAUGUGGAAGGGAACAACACAGCAGCCAUCAUUCUUGAACAGAGAAUCCACUGAAUGGGUGUUACUAGGCUCUUCGACCACCAAUGCGGACGGCCACAGUGGCCAGCUGAUGGGAAUUGUCGAUCACAUAACUCCGGGGCUUUACCGAAUGAGUUUCGACACCGGCAAAUAUGCACCUGCUGGAUUCUUUCCCUACGUCAGUAUAGUGUUUCAUGUAAGGGAGGAUCAGACAUCUGAACAUUUCCAUGUUCCUCUUUUGCAGUCGCCCUUUUCGUUCAGUACAUAUAGGGGCAGCUAGAAAAGGCGACCAUGCAUUAUAUUGUAACAAAUAUAUUGAACAAUAAAAUGCUAUUAUCACCUCGGAUGGGUCUAAUGAUUAGCGUAUGAGGUAUUGCCACCAUGUAAGUUAAACAAGUGCCCCUGCAAUGUAGAGGCAAGAUGUUUUGGCAGAUUAAUCAAGUACUGAUGAUUCGUUUCCCAACUGUCACUUAUUGUAGGAUAUUUUCUUUAGUGAUGAGAAAUAUGAGACAUUGGUUGUUGAGCGAAGAGUUGUGUGUA